AAAGCGGAAUAAUGUGUGCAAAACAAGCAAGCGGCCGGUGCGUCGGACAAGAAUAGGGUUAACUCGCGUGCUCGCAGCAGCAGCAGCGGCAGCUGGAGGGGUGGACUCGGUGGAGAGGGAGGCCAGAGGGGCACUUCGCCCGUGGGGUCGAGCCAGUCCCGCCGUUGAUCGCCGCUGAUUUGCAUCGAACACAGACAGGCGCAGAGCAGAAUGUCGGGCGCACGUCGUUACUUGAGCCGGCCGCGGACGAAGAUGUACGACUACAACUACACGAUGGGCGAGCGGCUGUACCGCAACGUGGUCGACUCGCUGGACAAGCCGCGUUCGGCGCGCAUUGCGCCCGAGCCGGUCUACGAGCGUCCGCAGCCGCCGCCGAGCAGCAGGUCGGCGCGAGGCCGCUCCGCCGACGACUACGAGGACGACUCGAUCCUCAAGAUCCGCGCCGCCAGGGCCAAGAUGGAGGAGGAGGUGCGGGCGUUCGAGGAAGCGUCCAACGCCCGCCGCGCCGCCCUCAAGAACCAGAGCUCCAGGGUGGACGUGUCCGACCGGCUGAUGGACUCGGUCGGCCUCGUGCGCCGCUCGGCCGAGAACGGCGACUACUCCUACUCGUCCUCCGCAUCCAACAGACGCGCCGUCACCGAGUACAACGACGAGCAGCCGCUCUUCCAAAAGAAGGCCCUCUACUCUAAGUUGCAGCUGGAGGAGGAGGAUGAGGUGCCGCGGUCGAGCCGGGCCAGGGCACGCUUCCUGGAGAGCUCGUCGCCCGACCAGGACACGGCGGCGGCGCUGGAGCGGGCCAAGAAGUCGCGGGCACGGCUGGCCGAGAUCGAGACCGAGAUGGACGAGCUGAACGAGAAGUCCAAGGCGCGCAGCGCGCGCAUCGCCGCCGCCAGGGACGUGCUGAGGGAGGCGGCCGAGUGCGACACCACCGUCUCCGCCACCAAGAGCGUCCGCGUCAGCAAACGGGCCAUCCAGGUCACCGAGAGGGUCGGCUGAUCGCCGCGUCACCCCGAUUGAAACGAAAAAAAUGUUAUUUGUACUUUGCAGUCUGCUUCGAGGGCGAAAGGGCGGAUUUUUCUGUACUCUGUCUUGAUUGAUUACGCGGUUGCUGAGCUUGAGGAGACGAUUUCUUUCAUGGCACGCCGUGUUUUGUACGCUUUGUUCAUAAUAAACGAUUUAGUGGAUAAAAUUUGAGGCCGAAAUGUGAUUCUGAGAUUUUUAAUUCGAUUUUAAUUCAGUUUGAUUUAUGAAAAUUCAUUUUUUCGGAUUUACAAAAUAUCUGUACCUUUAUGAUAGACGGUUUGGCGUGUUUCAGCACAUGUAGCAAGUUUCUGGUUUAAAAUCGUCACAUUUUUAUUGACUAAAACUAAAUUACACCAUUGCCACGCAGAUGGAAAUUAAAAAUGGCGUCUUUUAGAGUCCAGCCAAUCAGCAGGGCUUGAGAAAACAAUUAUUUCACGCAUUUUUCCUGUCAUUUUAUUUAAACUUGCUUCAGAAAUUUUCUCAAAUUCAUUUGUCCAGCAGUGCAAAGCAUUGGUUCUGGUUAAUUUAAUUAUUUAAAUACUCAGUUUUGAGUCUUUUCAGUCCUAUUUAAAUUUUUGACAAUUGUGGAAAGCAUUUUGUUGACAAAUAACAGCAUUUUUAACAAUUCCUCAUGAAGCCAGACAAGGGUAACUAUUUAAAUUUGCAUUUCUCCCCCGAAUUCCUCAGCUUUAAAAUAAUUUAAACACCAAGAUGUCAUUUUUAAAAUGCUUUUACGCAGAAAUGUGGCUAUUUGUGGUCUGUUUCUGCGCAUAUGGCGUCUCUUGGACACCAGCCAGCCAUCAGUCAUAAAAAUUGGAAAAUUUGUGCCUUUGAUGUUCGUUUUAUUAAUUUUUAAUUACUCAACGCAAAAUUAAAAACUAAAAGUGGAUAUUUUCUGAUGAUUGCUCUUCAAUGUAGCCUUAAAUUUGACUGAAAAUUGAAAAAAUCUUUUGACUUCAAACUCUUGGUAAUAAAAAACGCCAACCCAGCAAAAUAAAAUCUCGUUGGAAUUGAAAUUAAAUUGCUCAAACAGCUCAAAUUUCCCCUAGUCACUUGUAACGGCCAUAUUUGCGAGGUAUAAUUCUUUUUUAAAUCGUCUCCUCGAAUUUCAAGUUAAAAAAUUCACCGUCCAUUCAUCCAAAAUUGUAUGCUUAAAAUUUCACUCAAAAUCCAAGCAUUUUACUCAUCAUCAAAUCGACUGCAUUUCCAACUCGAGUCGAACUGUCUGUACACAUCGUAAAAAACCGCGGGAUAAUAUUUUCCGCACUUUUUUUUUGUCAAAAAGCAACACGACUUGUUUAUAAAUAUCUUGAUUUUUAAUAACCCUCUAUCGUUGGCAGUAAAAUUAGUUAGAAAGCAACCAAUUGACAUACGUGAGAGUGUGUGCGAGAGGCGAGAGUGAGUGCCGAAAUAAAUGUAAUUGUCGCGCUAAAUAAAGAGAAGGAUCGAUUGUCUCGUUACCAG